GAUCCUGGAUUGAAUCGGGACUGCGCGCUCUCGGUGUGAUCCUGGAUUGAAUCGGGACUGGGCGCUCUCGGUGUGAUCCUGGAUUGAAUCGGGACUGGGAGUUCUCAGUAUGAUCCUGGAUUGAAUCGGGACUUGGCGCUCUCGGUGUGAUCCUGGAUUGAAUCGGGACUGCGCGCUCUCGGUGUGAUCCUGGAUUGAAUCGGGACUGCGCGCUCUCGGUGUGAUCCUGGAUUGAAUCGGGACUGCGCGCUCUCGGUGUGAUCCUGGAUUGAAUCGGGACUGCGCGCUCUCGGUGUGAUCCUGGAUUGAAUCGGGACUGCGCGCUCUCGGUGUGCUCCUGGACUGAAUCGGGACGGGGCGCUCUCGGUUUUGGGAGGUGCUAUAAAUUUAGGAAGAGGACUUACUCUAACAUUAAUGACCUUUCUGGGUUAUGAAGCUUACAGAAACUUUCCAGGACCUCUAAUAGUUCAUGCUGAUCAAAAAGUGGAAGAAAUUAUAGACCAGGCUGACUAUCUUUAUGGCACUGGAGAAGUGGCUAAACUUUAUCACCUCCUUAUUGAACACAAGAACAGUACAGAUGGUGAGAUUCUGUGGCGCCUGGCUCGUGCAUCACGUGACUUGGCUCAACUGGAAAACACCUCCAUGGAAAAGAAGAAGCAGCUGACAUAUGAAGCUUUGGAGUUUGCUAAGAAGGCACUGGAGAAAAAUGAACUGAGCUUUGCAGCUCAUAAGUGGUAUGCUAUUUGCAUCAGUGACGUUGGAGACUACGAGGGCACCAAGGCUAAGAUUGCAAAUGCCUAUGUCAUUAAAGAACAUUUUCAGAAAGCCAUUGAGCUUAAUCCCAAAGAUGCAACGUCAAUUCAUUUAAUGGGAUUAUGGUGUUUCACAUUUGCAGAGUUGCCCUGGGUCCAACAGAAAAUAGCUGCUAUGUUCUUUGCCACACCACCAAGCUCCACUUACAAAGAGGCUCUCCAAUAUUUUAACAAAGCUGAGGAAGCUGAUCCAAAUUUCUACAGUAAAAACUUAUUAAUGAUGGGUAAAACUUACAUGAAAUUAAAAAACGAGAAACUGGCUCUGUUGUGGCUGACAAAAGCAAGAGACUACCCAGCACGUAAUGAAGAAGACAAGCAGGUUCAAAAAGAAGCUACAGAAUUAUUGAAGUCGAUCAAACGGGGUUGAGCACCGUCUCAAACCAAUCUAGUCCAUUAAGGCAGAUGACCAGUGAAUUGUGUUGCAAGAUUAAUUUUGAAAAAUAAAUUAUUUGAUUUCUCACAACAUCCAGUAAAUUAAAAGGAUUUUUAUUAAAUGUUAAUCACAAAAGAAUUCUACAUGAUGAAAUUGUACAGGCCUGACACAGCAUUAACCAAAUAAAGUGUUUAUAUA